CAAAAUGUCAAAAAUUACUUCAAAUCUAAAGAAGCAAUCGAUAAUGAAAUUAGAGUCGCAAGUUGUACCGGAGCGUCAAUUGGAUGCUGCAUAUCAAUGUACUCGAAUCGAUCAUGAAAUUAAAUUGAAUAUCAACUGCAAGCCCUCACCCGCACGACUCACCAGAAUCAUCAUCACUCUCAGCGAUAAUAAUGUACAAAUUGAGAAUAUUGCGAAAGUAAUCAAUAAUGUAGACAUAGUACGAUUAAACGUGUCUCACGGCGAUGAAAAUUGGCAUCGGAAAGCGGUUAACAAUUUACUGGAAGCCUCUGAACAACUAAGUACUCAACUGGAAACCUUUAAUCCUCCAUCAGUGGCUCUUGAUCUACGUGGGCCUGAAAUACGAGCUAAAAUAUUUAAAGAUACCUCCAAUUCAACCGGUAACACUAAACUUGUAAAGGGCAGUGACGUAAGUCUAUUAGCCGACAGUAAAACUAAACCUAGUGGAAAAUCUUUAAGCCUCUGGACAUCUUGCCCAGAAUUACCAAGAGCGUCACAAGUUGGUCACAGAAUUAUUUUAGAUCGCGGAGCUGUUUCUUUAAGCGUCGACCAAACAGGUGAAGAUUACAUUAAGUGUAAAGUGAUGAAUACGGGAAGAUUAUCAGGGAACAAAAUAAUUCAGGCGAUUGACACAUCACUGGAAUUACCAGGAAUAUCUGAGAAAGACGAUGCAGACAUUGACCUUGCACUUGAACUCGAGUGUCAUUUUUUAAUAAUCUCGCACGUGCGAACCAGUAAAACGAUUUCUGCUGUGAAGAAGCGCAUUGAAGAGUCGAGCACUACUCAUCAAAUUUGUACGCUCGCUAAAAUAUCUUCGUCUCAGGGUGUUGAUAAUUUUGACGACAUUCUACGAGUGGCUGACGGCGUGGUGAUUGACAGAGAGGGUCUUCAAGUGGACAUUGGAUCCGAGAAAAUAUUCCUAGCCCAAAAAUCAAUGAUUGCCAAGUGUGUUCGAGUUGGUAAGCCGGCAAUAUUAACCCAUCGCGUGUCAACAACCGACGGUAGAGUGAAACUGGACCUCGACCUUCUGGCAAAUGCAAUUCUCGAGGGUGUUGACGGUAUUUUUUUAGCCACCGGUUCUGUUGUUGAUAUGAAUGAACUUGUAAAAGUUAUCGAGGACGUCGACCUUGUAUGCCGAGAGGCGGAAUCCGCGAGAUGGCAAAGACAAAUUUUUCACGAGCUCAGUUACAAGAUUACAAUCCCAACUGACUCAACCCACGGGGUUGUUAUUGCCGCAGUGGAGCUGUCAAUGAAGCUAAAUACAUCGGGAAUUAUUGUUACCACAACUACCGGGAGAGCUGCAAUUCUUCUGUCUAUUUAUCGACCACGGUGUCCUGUAGUUGCUGUAACGCGGCAUCGAAUUGUUUCUCAAUGCCUGAAAAUUUAUUUUGCCAUUCACUCUAUUCACUACACCUGUGAAGCAAAUUCAAAUUGGAGUGAUGACAUUGAGGCGAGAGUUAAAUGCGGUAUGAAUUACCUUCGUCAGUCAAGUUUUGUUAAAGUGGGCGAUCCAGUGGUGGUUGUAGGGGGAUGGCGUACUCACGAUCAAGGAUUUACUAAUUCCAUUCGUGUAGUCUAUGUUUCACUGCCAUCAAUUACGAGCAUCGGUGAUGAUUUUGAGGAAGCUUGGUGACGUCAUAUGUUACUCUAAUAAUAAGUAACAAAUGGAGGUUUCAACGCCAGGACUUGUAUAUUUCUCGUAUUACGUCCACGGAAUUUAUUUAGAGUGUGGUCGUGCAAAUGUUAAAAAAAAAGUUUUACACGAGAAGAAAUAAAAAAAUAAGGAAAAUACGAGUACAAGAGAACGAAAAUGAACAAGUCACGUAGGAUUAUAUGUAGCCACGUGGGUAAAAAAAAAAAAGAAGAGGAAGAAGAAGAAGAAGAAGAAGAAGAAACUGUGAAGGAAUGGAAAGUUGGGAAAAAAAAAGUAAAUUGGUAAAAUAUGACGUAUGCUGGUGCUGUCAUUUGAAUCAGGAGAUUGAAGGAAAUUAAAAGACAUCCAUAUAUUCAGCAGCCCUGCUGUUCGUAAUGUUCCUCGUUAAGGUAAAAUCUUGGCAAAGACUCGUUCAUCUUGACAGUGUAGCUCUUGAAAGAUUCCUUAAUGAAGAUAGCAGGUCGUAAAUAAUGUAGACCACAUCGAGGGAUGAGUAGACAUACAUAUAACUAAAAAAGAAGAAAGAGAAAAGCAAGGUAUAGGGUAAAUUGUCGCGAUAGACAGCGAGCUUGCGCGCUUACUUGCUCGGAAACUUUUCCCGCCCUUUUACCCUCUCCAGAUUCACCCACCUGUCGUCCACCCUUGGCUGAUAUAUAUACAAAGCGCCCGGCAGAGUUUCGUCACUCUUGCGCUAACUUUACCGUCGUUGAAAAUUACUCAGGGGUUGUAUUAUCUGAUACUACCGCAACUAGUAUCUUUUUUGUGCUAAUCCAACAGGAAGACUGACUAAGUGAAUCCUCUGGUUUCCGGGCUGCUAAACCUUUUUUUCCGG